GUAGCGAGUCGGAUGCCUCCCUUGCAAACAAACGGCGUGGCAGAAGACACCAUGGCCAUGGUGGCUGCCGUGCGAGACACCAUCAAGACCGAGUCUGAUUCAGGAGUCACGGUUCAGGGCCUGGCCGGGCGCGAUGCCACGCUGAGAGUCAUGAUCGUGGGCGACUCCAUGACCCAGGGCCAACAGGGGGAUUACACCUGGCGCUAUCGGAUCUGGGAGUGGUUCGUAGCGCAGGGCAUCGCCGUCGACUUGGUGGGACCCUACACGGGGACAGUCCAGCCGGACCCUCCUGCACCCCCGGCACCGCCGCCUCUCUACGGGCAACAGACCGCAUCCUCCCAGCCCAAGACGAGCGGUGGUUAUGCGGCGGACGUGUCGGCAGAUUUUGAUAAAGACCAUUUUGCGGUCUGGGGCCGUGCGGCGGCGGUGGAUAAGGGCUUGAUUCACGAUGUCCUCAGUGCCCAUCCGGCUGACAUGAUGUUGUUGAUGCUCGGAUUCAACGACAUGGGAUGGUUCUACAGUGACGCUGCUGGUACUCUCGACAGUAUUCACACCAUCGUUAGCAACGCCCGCGCGGUCAACCUGAACCUCCAAUUCGCCAUUGCCAAUGUCCCCCAGCGGAGCUUCAUCGGAGGCCGGGAAGAUCUUCCCAUCAGCACCAAUAUCUAUAACGGACUGUUGCGCGACGCAAUUCCGGAAUGGAGUACUACCGAUUCACCGAUCCAUCUGGUCGAGCUACAGGAGAACUACGACUGCGAGCCUAGCGCAUGUCCUGUGGGCUAUGACGGACUCCAUCCUACUGCCAAGGGCGAGUAUGAGAUAGCCCGCGCGUUCAGUCUCACUCUGGUGAACGACUUCAAGCUUGGCAGUGCUCCUUUGUCCAUUCCCGAUAACAUUCCUGCCCGGCCUCUCCCCGUCCCGUCCAACUUUCAAGUGUUUAGCAGUGCGACGGGAGUCACAGCAACAUGGGAUCCAGUCUAUGGCGCGUAUAGCUACGAUGUCUCCUCUCGGAUUCAAGGGGGCAUUACCGACUUCUCCUCGGGAAGCGUCGACUCAGCUCGAUGGGACUCGACGUGGCCAAUCGACGGCUGGGUCUACGAGGUCCAGGUACGCGCCAGCGCGGGCAACAACAUCAAGGGCGACUGGACGACCGUUCUGUCCGCGACAGCCCAUCCUCAGACUGCCGCUGCUCCCCAGAACGUGCUAGUUGAGGCCACCGCAACCGGGUUCGACAUCUCCUGGGACCCUCCGACUGGGGCCUACACUGACUCGAUCAUCGAGUACAACGUGCUGUACUGGGACAAAUCCCAAGACUGCACCUACAUCACAGGUGGCGCGUUCACAGGCACUUCGGGACACAUUGAUGAUCUCAGCCCGGGCCACUACUACUUCCUGGCCAUUGAGACGUGGAACGCGGCCGGCGAGGGAUUCCCUGGGAUUGUCACUGGUGUGAUACCUGGCGCUGGCACUCCAUCGCCGCCCACGGAUCUGACGAUCGUGGCAAAUGAUCCGACGACAAUUCAUAUGACCUGGAACGAGUCGGCCAACGCCGCGGGAUAUCGUCUGUGGAGUCGAAAUGUGCACGACUCGGGCAGUGUGCUCACGGCCCAAAAUGCGACGGUGGAAGCCACUUGCAGCGAUCAGUAUUUUCUCUUUCCCGGCACGUGGAACUACGAAUGGUGUGUUAGUGCCUUCAAUGGGGAUAUGGAAUCCCCCAAGGGAAACUGUGUGGUCGCCCCCUCUCCCACGGCCAGCGGAGGCGCCACGCCCACCUGCCCUCCUCCGGCGGCCUGGUGUCCCAAUGGCGGGGGGUACAGCGGCGGGGGUGGAGGCAGCGCCGGUGGCGGGAGCGGCUCGGGCGGUUCCGGGGGGUCUGGCGGGUCCACCAGCACAAGCGCCCUAACGCCCGUGCCCACCGGAGAUCGCACGUGGCCAGUUGUCACCAAUGGGCAGUGCAAGGGUCCUGACUGUCAAGAUGGGCAAUGUACCGGCCUUCUGUGUGCCUCGUUCGGCUGCAGUGGAACGGGAUGUCUCAAUGGCAUGUGCACCGGUCCCACGGACUGUGUGACCCUGGGCUGCAUUGGUCCUGGAUGUCAGGACGGGGUCUGCGUCUCCUCCGGCUGCAUAACAUCUGGCUGCGUGGGUCCCGACUGCGGUAGCAAUGGAGUCUGCAGUGGAUCGCGCUGCCUUGCUCUCGGCUGCUCGGGUCCGGAGUGUGGCAGCAACGGCGUCUGUACCGGUUCGAACUGCUGGGAGGGCACUUGCGGCGGUCAAGGAUGUACGUCUGGCAUCUGCUCGGGCAGCGGAUGUACCAGCUACGAUGAGUGCGCCGGCAGUGACUGUUCUCCGGGAGGAGGGACCAGCUGCACGGGCAAUGACUGCAGUAGCUGUGUGGGCCAGGACUGCCACAAUGGCAAGUGCACGGGAACCGACUGCAAUGGAUGCAAAGGUAAGGACUGCCAUGACGGCCGAUGCGUGGGGGACAACUGUCAAAGCUGCACGGGUCGGGACUGUGAUCCGAGUGCGGGCCGCUGCAUUGGCCCCCUGUGCAGUGCCUGUACCGGCACAGACUGCGUCUGCUCCAACGGACACUGUGGCUGCAAGGGCGCCCACUGCGCGGCCUGUCUCGGUCUGGGAUGCGGUUGCUCGGGACUUGCCGCUCUGUUCUGCUCCUGCACGUCUCCCGGAUGCAGUAGCUGUGUCGGCCGUACAUGCGGUUGCUUAGGGUCUAGCUACAGUUGCUCGGGUUCGGGCUGCAGCAGUUGCAGUGGCGUGGACUGUGAAUGCCUGGACCCUGAAGGAUGUUUCGGCGGAACAGAUACGAGUCCAUCCACGACCGCCGAGCCCACCUCCUGUGCAACCAGGAUGACCGUGACGGAUUGCGCCGUGGGCUGCUCCAUCACCAACUACGGCGACACUUCCCGUGCGACCACCUGUUUCACGACCCAAUGCUCAACUGUGACCGGGUGCGAGACCCAGGGAUCGACAACAACCACCGACACCACCACCAACCUAUGCCCGCUGACAGUGGAUGUGGGACCCACGGGAAAUUGGGACCCCAAUGGACCUCCGCCCACCCUGGGAUCCGACAACAAAUACACAGCCAGCGGUGCGGGACAGACAACGGCGCCAUCGACCACAACCCCACCAACAACCGCGCCACCAACAACCAGUUCCUCGACAACCGAGCCAUCCACCACCACCUCUUCUACACCCUCUCAGACAACAUCCCUACCCAUCCCCACCAGCAGCAACUCCAACAAGCCAACCUACUACUGCUUCAAAGACCACCACGACAGCUCCUACGCCUCAUUCGACGCCACCGGCCUCGAUUCCGCCGCCAGUUCCCUCUGCGGAUCGGGCAAUUCGCUCGCUCCGGACGGCCCACCCUACACCUACGUCUACUCCGAUCCCUACGGCGCCAACGUCGUCGCGUCCCUCCAAUGGGCCGAUGACCAAUCCGGCUGCAAGGCGGAAAAGACCUUCAAGUUGGUGAAGAAAUCCUGUUUGGCAACCUUCGAACAGAUCAGCUCCGGGUGCGGAGAAGGUACCACCGGGAAGUACGGGGGUGGCUUUAUUGCGCAAACUGAUAAUGGGUGCCUGGAGUGGAUGGUUUAUGGCCAGGCCGUGAAGAGUGAAUGUAGCUGUAAUGAGGAUGGUUGUACGGAUGAUAGUCCGGCGUGUUGUGCGAAUGGCACGUGUGGGACCAGUCAAGCGGCGUCGGUUGCGCGGGUGAGGGUGAUUGCUCCUAGUGAGGUGGAUGUUGCGUUCAGUCGACGGCUGAAUUCGGUGUUGGGGGAAGGGGAGCUUAUCACGCCUGCUGUUGGGCUUUGGACGUCUGCUGCGGGGGUUUGAGUGGGGGGGCGUAGGAUUUGUAUUAUAUUGGGAGGGACACUGACUUUAUAUGCUAACAGUACCUAAUAGAGAGCAUUAGAUGAGCG